AUGUCUGACAUCGAAAAGAACGAUGAGUCUGCUCAGUCUGCGCAUAUCGCCCAGAUCGAUGGCACCAAAAAGGAAGUUGUUCAAGGAGCCGCCGAGCGCGCUGAAUUCGAUCAUCAGCUUACUAUCAGAAAUGCCGUCCGCUACUAUCGCUGGGCCAUCAUCUGGUGCCUAGCGCUGUCAAUGACUGUGGUCAUGGAGGGCUACGACACCAUUCUGAUCGGAAACUUCUACGCCUUUCCGGAAUUCCAGAAGAAAUAUGGCCGUUUCGUCGGUGUGACCAAGACCACCCAAUCUGGAUACCAACUCAAGCCUGCAUGGCAGAGCGGCAUAGGAAAUGGUGCCGGCGUGGGUGCUUUCUUCGGCGCACUGGCAAAUGGACUCCUGGUGAAUAAGUUCGGCCAGAAGAACACUGUACUCGGCGCGCUCGUUUGGUUGUCUGCAGCAAUUUUCAUGACUUUCUUCGCGCCAAACAUCGAGACUUUGCUGGCUGGCCAGAUUCUCUGUGGUCUCCCGUGGGGCGUCUUUGCGACCAGUGCACCAGCAUAUGCCUCGGAGCUCCUUCCCAUGACAUUGCGCAUUUACUUCACAUCGUGGACAAACAUGUGCUUUAUCAUCGGCCAACUGAUCGCCGCCGGUAUUCUGCGCGCUUGCCUCGACCGCAACGAUGAAUGGGGAUUUCGAAUCCCAUUCGCCCUUCAAUGGCUAUGGCCACUAUUUCUGUUCCCAACGCUAUGGUUCGCGCCAGAGUCACCGUGGCAUCUUGUGCGACAGGGAAAGCACACGGAGGCAGAGGCCGUUCUCCGUCGCUUGCAGGUCCCCGACGCACCGAUCGACGUGAAACAGACGCUUGCCACGAUUAUCUACACGAAUGAUCUGGAGCAGGAGCUGUCCGUUGGAACAUCGUACAAGGAUUCCUUCAAAGGUUUCGAACUGCGAAGGACAGAGAUCGCGUGCAUUUGCUUCGCUGGCCAAGUGAUUUGCGGAAGCCAAUUUGCAUACUCCGCUACUUAUUUCUGGAGCCAAGUCGGCCUGCCAUCACGAACAACCUACAACCUGAAUAUCGUCGGAACUUCCCUGGCCUUGAUCGCGGCGACGUGCUCAUGGCUACUAUUGAUGCCCAAUUUUGGUCGCCGGACCAUAUAUAUCUGCGGCGUCGCUGGCAUGGUGACAACACUAUUCAUCAUUGGCAUUCUCAACACCAAGGUCGAGGAGUACGACAUCGCUCUGACGCAGGCGAUAAUGACGCUGGUGUGGAAGGUCUUCUUCCAGCUUUCUGUCGGUCAGCUGGGGUGGGCGAUCCCAGCUGAGGUCGGGUCUACACGUCUGAGGCAGAAGACAAUUGUGCUGGCGAGAAACACGUACUACAUCUCCCAAGUCAUCGCCAACACACUCCAGCCCUACUUUAUGAACCCGCAAGCAUGGAAUUUGCGAGGCUACACAGGCUUCGUAUGGGGUGGCACCGCUACCUUAAUAUUAGUGUGGGCGUGGUUCCGCCUCCCAGAGACAAAGAAUAGGACGUUCGAAGAACUCGACGUGCUCUUCGCAGAGAAGGUCCCGGCAAGAAAGUUCAAGACGACCACCGUGGAUGCGUUUGACACGCACCAGACGAGUGUGCUGAAGAAUAUUUAUGCUCAUUGA